UCUACCCUGCAUUCUACUCCUUCCCAACCUCGCAAAGAGAUGGAGCAGAAGGAAGGGAAGCCCUCUGAGGAUGGGACCACCGUCUCCCCAGCUGCAGACGACCCGGAGAUGUCAGGAGGUGGAGCCCCUGCGGAGGAGACCAAAGGCACAGCUGGAAAGGCCAUCAAUGAGGGGCCUCCCGCUGAGUCAGGAAAGCAGGAAAAGGCACCAGCCGAGGAUGGCAUGUCAGCGGAACUCCAGGGGGAAGCAAAUGGAUUAGAUGAGGUCAAAGUGGAAUCUCAGAGGGAGGCUGGUGGGAAAGAGGACACUGAGGCUGAACUUAAAAAGGAGGAUGGUGAGAAGGAAGAGACCACUGUGGCUUCUCAGGAGAUGACUGGCAGGAAAGAAGAGACCAAAUCUGAACCCAAGGAGGCUGAGGAAAAGGAGGAGAGCACGCUGGCCUCUGAGAAGCAGAAGGCUGAGGAGAAAGAGGCCAAACCUGAAUCUGGGCAGAAAGCCGAUGCCAACGACAGAGACAAGCCUGAACCUAAGGCAAUGGUUGAGGAGGAGGAGGCCAAGACAGCCUCUCAGGAGGAGACAGGCCAGAAGAAAGAGCGCAGCACUGAACCCAAGGAGAAGGCUACUGACGAAGAGGCCAAGGCUGAAUCGCAGAAGAAGACUGUUGCGGAGGAUGAGGCUAAGGCUGAACCCAAGGAGCCCGAUGGGAAAGAGGAGGCCAAACAUGAUGCAAAAGAGGAGGCUGAUGCAAAGGAGGAGGCGGAGGAGGUGGAGGAGGCGGAGGAGGCAGAGCCAGGCGGUCCCAGCGAAGAGCAGGAGCAGGAUGUGGAAAAAGAACCAGAGGGAGGGGCAGGGGUGAUUCCCAGCUCCCCGGAGGAGUGGCCUGAGAGCCCCACUGGGGAGAGGCACAACCUCAGCACAGAUGGGCUGGGUCCAGACUCUGUAGCUUCCGGACAGACCAGUCCUUCAGCCAGUGAGUCUUCACCCAGCGACGUGCCCCAGACUCCUCCUGAGUCCCCUCCCUCAGGGGAGAAGAAGGAGAAGGCACCAGAGCGCAGGGUAUCAGCCCCUGCUCGGCCCCGGGGGCCCCGGGCACAGAACCGCAAAGCCAUCGUGGACAAGUUUGGCGGGGCAGCGUCCGGCCCCACGGCCCUGUUCCGGAACACUAAGGCAGCCGGGGCAGCCAUUGGUGGUGUCAAGAACAUGCUCUUGGAGUGGUGCCGAGCCAUGACAAAAAAAUACGAGCAUGUGGACAUCCAGAACUUCUCCUCCAGCUGGAGCAGUGGCAUGGCCUUCUGUGCCCUCAUCCACAAGUUCUUCCCUGACGCCUUUGACUACGCAGAGCUGGACCCCGCAAAGCGCCGGCACAACUUCACCCUGGCUUUCUCCACAGCAGAGAAACUGGCUGACUGUGCUCAGCUGCUGGAUGUGGAUGACAUGGUGCGGUUGGCUGUGCCUGACUCCAAGUGCGUCUACACCUACAUCCAGGAACUGUACCGCAGCCUUGUGCAGAAAGGACUGGUGAAGACCAAGAAGAAGUGAGGAGGUGACUGGCUCUGUGGGUAGAGAUGGGCAGGGUGCCCAGCUCACCAGCCACGGCCCGGGAGCUCCCUUCUGCUCCAUGGAGGCACCAGAGCCCAGGGCUUAAGCAAGGGUGUGUGGCGUUGGUUUUAACUGCAUUAAAAGUACUUUUGUAAAAUCC